AUGCGGUUCAUCGCCUGUGGCCUUUCGGGCCUGGUGCGAUUUGCAUCCUUACUAGCCCUUGCUCUCAACGUCGGCGCAACUAUCAAUCAGCGACCGCUGGGCGGCGGAUCAGACGACCACGGACGACAGCCCGUCUCUGUCGCUCUGUUCUCUUCCCUCGAGCGCAUGUCCCGCUUGGUUGAUAUCGCCUAUUGUGUCGGAACGACAGGCGUCUCCGAGCCCUUCUCCUGCGCCUCGCGCUGCAUCGAGUUCCCAACCCUCGUCCUCGCGAAGACAUGGAAUACCGGCAUUCUCAUGAAAGAUAGCUGCGGCUACAUUGCGGUUGACCACGGUGUCCGCCGUCCCGAUACUAAGGAGGAUGAGCGCGAUCUCCUGGGCGGCAAGGCAAUCAUCAUCGCAUUCCGAGGGACCUACAGCAUCGCGAAUACGGUCGUCGACCUGAGCACCGUGCCGCAGGAAUACCUUCCCUACCCGUCCCCCGACAACGGCGGCGAAACCGCCAAGGCACCGAGCCACAAGUGCGACAACUGCACCGUGCACCAGGGCUUCCUCGAGUCCUGGCAGCAGGCCCGCAAGCUCGUCCUGCCCGAGAUCGAGGCGCUGAAGGCGCAGUUCCCAGACUACCCCGUCCACCUCGUCGGCCACAGCCUCGGCGGCGCCGUCGCCAUGCUGGCGGCGCUCGAGCUGCGCGUGUCCCUCGGCUGGGACGACCUCCUCGUGACGACCUUUGGCGAGCCCAAGGUCGGCAACCAGCCGCUGUGUGACUACGUCGAUGCCGUCUUUGCGCUCGACGCCGAGGCCGCCGGCGCCGCGGACCCAGAGAAGCGCGUGUACCGCCGCGUGACGCACGCCGAUGAUCCCGUCCCGCUGCUGCCGCUGACGGAGUGGGGGUACCGCUCGCACGGCGGUGAGUUCUUCAUCACGAAGCCGGACCUGUCGCCGUCGGUCGAGGAUGUCGUCGUCUGCCGCGGUGCCAGCGACGAUCAGUGCAUCGCGCAGGGCGACGUCGAGGUCGAAGAAGUGGAGGCGGUGGCCGACGAGGUUGUGCAGGAGGCGGGGGAGGAGGGGCUCGCCGGGCCCGUCGAGGGGACGGCGCCCCAGGAGCGCAGGUGGGUCAAGAGAUUCCCGAGCGUGCCGGCGCGCUUCAAGCUGUGGCAGCUGUUCUUCGCGCACCGGGACUACUUUUGGCGCAUCGGCCUCUGCGUGCCCGGCGGGGACCCUGCGAAUUGGGGCCGGGAGAAGUAUCCCGACGGCCAGGGGGAUGAUGACGAUGCGCGGCUGGAGGAGCUUUAG